AUGGCCGCUAUAGUUUCUAUGCCUCCCACUCUUCCCAGACUUGAUAAAGCUCUGGAGAUCCAGGACUUUAGCAAGAGCUGUGCUCUAUACAACGAGCUCCUCGAUGAUGCGGAUCAGCCUGCCGUUGCUGAUGAGCACAUUGGGAAUCUAGCCGAAAUGUUCGUCCGUCACAAGGCUGACAAGUUUCUUGGUAUUCAUUUGAUCCACGGCCACUUCAAAAUUCCCAAGAACACCGUCAUGCUUGGGACCAAUUUUGAGAACAACUCUCUUAGAUGGACGAGAAUCACCCAUGUCAGCGGCAUCGACCCUUCUCGUGUCCAUGGGCAUAUUUUCGCCCUCACUCAGGACGGCUUGUGCGCGUACGAGUUACAAGAUGGACCUCUUCCGGAUCUGUCUAGCGUGGGACCUGGAUUCCUUGAUGAAUUCCUCACGUAUAUUCUCAACAACAAUCUCACCAGUAUCAUUGGCCUACAAGUCCUUGGCUGCGGAGAUGACUCUAUGGAGGAGCUUAUUCUAGAUGAAGGAACUGUCAUGGUGAACUCGAUUUUUUUGAAGAACACCGUGCCGACCCGCACCACAGGCUGGAAAUUCGAGAAUUCCGAUGGCAAUCCACGUGUUUGUGCAUCAAACGAAACACAUGCGAAAAUCAACACGGGCAAUCACAGGGUCUUCAAUGCAGGAAAGCCUAUUCCUAAGUUGGAGAAUGUCGAAGACUUGAAAGCCGCUCUUGCUAUGGUCGGUGUCCUUUAG